AUGCCAACACUUCUGAACAAGGAGGUAACUCAUGAUGUGGCUUUGAUCCUAUUCCUUGCUGUGUUUGCGGGAGUCUACUGGGUGUUCACCUCUUUGCUCCAAUAUCUGCGUCUGCGCCACAUACCUGGACCACCUCUUGCGGCAUGGACGAACUUCUGGCUCAUGCAACAGUUGAACGGCUCGGAGAAAUUCUACGACGUGAAGAAAAGGUUGCAUCAAAAGUAUGGGCCCGUUCAACGUUACGGACCCAACAGAGUAAUGUUCAGUGAUGUCUCGGCUGUGCACUCCGUGCUUCCGGCAUCGCACAUUCUCCCAAAAGCGGAUAGCUACGCUCCGCUCAAAGCAUCAAUCAACGGUCAGGAGGUUGCAUCUUUUCUCGCCAUCACCGACGAUGAAAAGGCCGCACGGUUGAAGCGCUUCCUGCAUCCAACUUUCAGCCCUAACGGUGUCUUGAAGUAUGAGCAACAUAUUGAUCAUACCGUAUUCGAACUCAUCAGCCAUCUACACAACGUCGGGCCUACGACAGAUCUUGCUCCUUGGUUCGGUUGGUUUGCAUUCGACACCAUCACUCGCAUCGGCUUCAGCGAGGACCAAGGGUUCAUGAGACAGCAAGCAGACAUCGGUGGUGCGGGCAAAGCAGCUCAGCAAAGGUUCGCUCAUUGGAUCUUCUACUGGACUAUGCCUUGGCUUGAAGCACUGUUGUACAAGAACUGGUUUGCGAAGAACCGUAAUACGACAACGCGAUCAGGGCUUGUGAAGCUAGCCUCACGCGUUGUCGAAAGCCGCAAGGACAAAGAAGGGCUGGGCACUCACAAUGAUCUGCUUGAUCUGUAUAUGGAGUCUGGCCAAAAGGACCCUCAACUAUAUACGCCAGCCGCUGUGCUCGGCCUAACCAUGACGACCAUUCACGCUGGAGCAGAGACGACUGCUUAUACGUCAGCUAUCUGUAUGUAUCUCAUCCUUCGAGAUAGGCGAGUACACGAUACGUUGAGAGCCGAGUUGGAAUCUGCAGCACCAAGAUCUGGAGCAGAGUGGGAGCUGCCCGAAAUGUCUGUUCUGCGGAAGCUACCCUAUCUCGAUGCUUGUAUCAGAGAAUCAGCACGUCUGAAACCCUCUAGCAACAUCAUGGCCGAACGUGUCGUCAACAGCGACGAUGCUGUUAUCGCUGGCGUACCGAUCCCGAGAGGCACAAUCGUGGCCAUGAAUAACGCUGGCCUAAACACAAAUCCCGAUAUCUGGGGCUCAGACGUCGAGGUAUUCAGACCAGAGCGCUGGCUUGAGGCUUCCGAAGAACAACGAGUGCUGAUGCAUCGCGCCGAUCUCACCUUUUCUGCUGGUAAGCGUAUGUGUCUCGGCUUGAAUGUCGCUUGGUUGGAGAUGAAGAAGGUCAUUCCCGCCUUGAUCAUGAACUUUGAGAUCGAAUUAGUCCACCCCGAAGACGAUUUGAAGCAGACAUCUGGGGUCUUUGGCGUUCCGCAAGAUAUCAAAGUCAACAUUCGGCCUCGCUUGAGAGUUUGA